UAUUGCUUAUUAUUAGGUGUGGCUUUCAUUGUCUCACCGACCUCUUCCUGCCUCGUUUUGUGCACCAUUCAAACCCUUCAAUCGUUACAACAAUCUCAACCUGCUGGCCCUACCUUCUUAAUAUAUGCCACGUGUUCCUCGUUAGAUAUUCUUAGAAUCUGUAACCCACACGUGUCGGUCUCAACGUCCUUCUUCGCUUGUUUACUUCUCUCCCAACCCCAAGGCGACGAUUCUUUUAUUAGUACCGGCUGCCUCUUCCCGAUCUUCCUACUUGUUUAUUAAAAUAGCUAUCCUAUUCCUUUAAUUGUUUUUUUUCGAUAAAAUAAUUGCCACGUUUUUGUCAGAGAAAUAGAGCCAGAGCCAAAUCAAAAUAUCCUCCCAUCUUUUUUUGAAGGAAAAUUAAAUCUCCUCCAUUGACAACAACACAAGAAAGAAAAAAAAAACUUUUAAUUAUUAAUUAAUAAAUUAUUAUUAUAUACCAAGGAAGAAGAAGUCGAAGAAGUUGAGAGUGAAGCCCUCUUUGGCUGUGCAGGUGUUUGGUUAAAUUUUCUUUUGCGCAACGAGUCUAGGUGGCUUAGUAACCGGCGGAUGGCAGCCUCAAAGCUCGUGAUUUUCGCCCUCUUUGUAACCCUAAUUUUCAACAAAAUUAAAGCCGAUGUCUCAACCGAACCAGUGCUCGAAUCGGACGCCUCCGAUUCAUCUGCUCUUGAGAUGGAGUUGGAUCAACUCAAGUCUAAGAUCCGUCUUCUCGAAUCAAAUGUUGAGGAGAAUACUCGAGAAUUGAAAACCAAGGAUGAGAUAAUAAAGCAGAAAGAGAAAAUUAUUCAAGACAAAUCGGACAGCAUUGCAUCCUUGCACACUGAAUUAUCAUCUCUUCAGAAAAAAGGAACCUCAGAUGCUGAGGAGCAGGUGGGAAAAGCUUACGCGCAGGCUCUUGAUUUACAGAAACAGGUUGAUAAACUUAAAACUGAAUUGGAAGAAAAAUUAAAGCAAAAAGAUUCCUUGGAAGGCCGUGCAACAGAAGCUGAGAACAAGUUGGCUGAAUUGAAUUUGAAGCUAGAGAAUCUUCUAAAGACCAAUAAUGAGCAGAAGAACAAAAUAGAAAAAACUGAACGAGCUCUAAAAAUUGCUGAGGAAAAAUUGAUGAAGGCAAAGUUUGAGGCCACGUUGAAGACGAAUGAGUUGAUGGAGGUUCACAGUGCCUGGCUCCCACCUUGGCUUGCUGUGCAGUUAAUCCGCAGUCAGGCUUUCAUUCAGACACAUUGGGAUGAGCAUGGAAAACCUGCCAUGGAUAUGUUGAUCCAGAAGGCUCUAGAGAAAAAGGCCUUAGCUGAAAAGUGGGCUGAACCCCACAUGGAAACAAUUAAAACCAAAUGGGUUCCAGCUAUUAAGGAUCAGUGGGUGGUCAUAACUACAUAUGCUGAACCACAUGUGCAAUCACUAACUGCAAAAACGGUUGAAAUUUAUGAGGGAUCAAAGACUGCAAUAACUCCUCAUAUUAUCAAAGUUCAAGAAAUAGUUGAUCCUUACUUCCAGGAAGCGAAGAAGUUCAGUAAGCCAUAUGUUGAUCAGGUUGCUACUUUAGCAAAGCCUCAUGUUGAUAAAGUUCGUGUGGUGAUGAAGCCCUAUACAAAGGAGGUAGUUAAUGCUUAUGGGAAGUUUUUGGAAUCCGCAACAACAUACCAUCAUCAGGUUCAAGCCUAUGUGCAAGAAAUUUUGAAGAAGCAUGAGCUAACAAGACCUCUUGCAACCAAAGAGCUUGAGUGGUUUGCGGCAUCUUCUCUGUUGGCUUUACCUAUUAUUAUUUUGUUCAGAAUAAUUUCAGCCAUUUUCUGCAAAAAGGCCAAGAAGCCUGCUCGACACGCUAAUACCAACCAGGGUCGUCGUAAGGCCAAAAGGGGGCACCCAGACAAGCAGACUGCAUGCGCUUAAUUUUUGGUCUCUUUAUUUUGGGAAAUAUUAGAGGCUGGAUGUGUGUUUGUUGGGGCACUAAGUUUCAUGUUUUUUUUCUUUUGCGAGGAAAAUAGAAAAAAGUUAAGAACCCUUUGGACGCUACACAGUUGAAAUCUUGAGAUAUCUCAUAUGUUGGAGUUCGUGUAUUCCGGCCAGUGUCAGUUUUAGUUAUUUAUGUUAUAGUUUAAUUUUAGUUUUUAUUCUUCUAGAUUCACAAUUGAAAGAACUCUGUUUCAGAAAUCAUGCUUUAAACUGCAACAUCCAUGGGAUGUAUGUUAGUCAAAUGGUUGGCCUUUUCUUGUUACUGACAUUUGUAAAAGAGUUAAUUUAGGUGAUUCCUCAAUACCAGCAUGAUUCAUUUCUGAUUGGCUUUAAUGGAUCAUAAGCGAUUUCAAUUUUCCACUCUAUGCAUCGCCCAAGGAACUGCUAUCUGCGUUCGCUUGGCUCUGGCUUUGUUAGCUCUUUAUCAUUUGCAUAAUAUUUUGACGAAACGAAAUUACAAGGAGCGGUGAAAUGAGGCAACAAAGGUUAGAGGUUUUGGUUUUUGCCAUCGUAGAGUUUUGUUAUGCCAUGGCCUUUUUGACCUCGAAUGGGUUGAUUUAACAUAAAAGAUCCGAUAUUUAAAGGAGUAUAUUUACUAU